CGAGGUGAACGAGCUGAUCAAGACUCUUGCCAUGUGUGUGGCAGCUCGCGUUGGGUUACAGAUGACAAGAAAGACUCCCAAGCUGAAUCUGUAUCUAAGCAAUCUAAGCAAAAGAAGAAACCAGCCAAGGUGUUGCGUUACUUUCCUUUGAUACCGAGGAUUCAAAGGCUCUUUGCAACAACAAAAACAUCUGAUGACAUGCGUUGGCACGACGAGGGUCGUACCAAAGAUGGAAAGAUACGGCAUCCGGCUGAUGCCGAGUGUUGGAAAGAUCUUGAUGCUAGAUACCCCGAUUUUGCUGCUGAUCCUCGUAAUCUGCGCCUUGGCAUUGGAAGUGAUGGAGUUAACCCUUUCCGGAGUAUGAGUUCAAAACAUAGUACCUGGCCAGUGAUGCUUAUCCCGUACAACCUACCGCCUUGGAUUUGCAUGAAAGAAACAUCUCUAAUUUUAUCAAUGAUCAUUCCUGGACCAGCUUCCCCUGGGAAUGACAUUGAUAUAUAUUUGCAGCCACUGAUUGAUGAGCUCUUACAAUUAUGGGAUGGUGUAGACACAUUUGACGCUUCCUCGCAGGAGACAUUUCCUCUCAAGGCUGCACUAUUAUGGACUUUAAAUGAUUUUCCGGCAUUAGCUUACCUGUACGGUUGGAGCACAAGUGGUAAAUAUGGGUGUCCAUCAUGUGGUCCUUCUACAAGAUCAUUUCGCCUAAAUAAGAGUAUGAAACUUUGUUAUAUGGGCCACCGUCGCUGGUUACCACAGGGUCACAUAUUUCGAAACCGAAGGAGGCAAGAGUUUGAUGGCACUAAAGAGACUGAACUGGCACCGACAACUAUGAGUGGUACUUCAGCUUUGAAAAUGUUGCAAGGCAGAGUGUUUGUGUUAGGCAAAAAAGCCAAUGUAGCCAAGAAAGCAAAGGGCGGAAAGAAGAAAAAAAACAGUGAAAAAGAAACUGAAAAUUAUCAAGAACCGAAGCGUAAAAGGAAGGCAGGCAACAAGAAGUCAAUUAAGAACCAAGAUCAUUUGUCCGGCUGAAAGCACUUGUGCGCAAUAGAGCAUUUCCUGAAGGUUCAAUUGCUGAAGGGUAUCUUGCCCAAGAAUGCUUGACCUUUUGUUCAAGAUUUCUAGAAGGAACUACACGUUUUACAAGACCAUCAAGAAACCCUGCUCCGCCAGAAAAGAUAAAAGAUUUGUACAUGUUCAAUAGUGCUGGUGAACCAAUU